AUGCAGUGGCGAGCGUUGCUCGUAGCCGCCGUCCCUGCACUCUGGUCCACAGCGGCCAUAGCCCUACCCAGCAAACCAGACCUACAUAUCCGAACCAGUCAGCCCAAUCCCGGCCCAAUACCAGACCCGGAACCAAAAUCUAGCAGCACAAAAUGGACCGAUAAAACCCUCACCGACCCUCUCUGGUUAAAAUAUGGCCUAAACGCUUCCGCCGAAUAUAAAUACUUCCACGAACCAGGCCGCGACGACAUCCUCGGCCACUAUGAUAUCCGUUUCUUCACCAGCCCAGUAGAGGACGCCGCCCGCGCCGAAACCCUCACGCACAUGAUUCGCGCAUACUUGAAUUUCUUCAACGAAAACGAAUUGGAAACCUGGAUUGCGCAUGGAACUUUACUGGGCUGGUGGUGGAACGGCAAAAUCCUGCCCUGGGACUGGGAUAUGGAUACACAAGUUCCUGAUACUACACUUACAUACCUAGCGGAUCACUUCAACCACACGAUCGUCGAGUAUACGGCUCCAGACUCGCGGGAGAAGAGGCAGUAUCUGCUUGAUAUUAAUCCGUGGGCGAGACAGCGCGAUCAUGGACAGGGUCAUAAUAUUAUUGAUGCGCGGUGGAUCGACAUUGAUACCGGACUGUACAUUGAUAUCACGGGGUUGAGUCUGUUGGAGCCUGAUACGGAGCCGGGAGUUUGGGGAUGUAAAAAUUUCCACAAAUAUCGGGUUGGGGAUAUUUAUCCGUUACGACGGACUUCUUUUGAGGGCGUUCAGGCCAAGGUGCCGUUUGGGUAUGAUACGGUAUUGUUGGAGGAGUAUUCGGAGCAGGCUUUGAUUAAUACGAAGUUUCAUAAUCAUACUUGGUUCCCUGAGCUGACGGAAUGGAUUUCCGAUGAGGUCUUGGCUAAAUUGAGCCUCAAGCUUUCCUCUGGUGAGAAGCAGUAUGAGUGA